AUGAAGCUGGUUGCGGGUUUAGCAGCAGUGUUGUGGCUGUGGGUUGCUGAGGCGGUAGAAAACUGUCCCAGCCUUUGUAAAUGCACUCAGAAAUCCAGUACAGAACGGACUGAAGUCAACUGUGAGAAGAGAGGACUCGAGACCAUCCCACCCGAAUUCCCACUGAACUCAUGGAUCCUUAAAUUGGGUGAAAAUGUACUACAUGACCUUCCGGCCAACAUUCUAACCUCCGUUCCAGAAAUCGAGAGCGUAAACUUUGAACGGAAUUCAAUUAAGUCAAUACACCCUCAAGCAUUCGCCGGUGCGCAACGACUGAUGCUUCUGAAUCUGCAAGGAAACCAAAUGUCCAAACUCCCAAUAAAGGGCUUCAAAGACCUCCUGAACCUUCGCUUUCUCAUGCUGGGCCAGAACCAGAUAGCUAGCCUAAACCCCAAUAUGUUUUUCGGCAUGAGGAAUCUGUCGGAUCUCGAUCUUCCUUUGAACUCCCUCACCGCUCUCCCACCAAAUGCAUUCAAGCCUCUGAUUGCCUUAAAGGUUUUGGACUUGGCCCUGAACCGCAUCCAGAGGAUCUCACCAAAAGCUUUUGUGGGACUUGAAGAGCUGCUGUUUCUCAACUUGUACAACAACAAACUAAAGAACAUUCAGGAUGGGACCUUUGCGCCGCUGAGUGGUCUUGAGAUGUUGGUGCUUGACAACAAUUUGCUCUCCACGCUUGCGUCAUCUAUGCUAGACGGUCUUUCCAACCUGCAGCGGCUCUAUUUAAGAAAAAAUCUGAUUGCGAGCCUGCCAGCUGACGUGUUUCGCCACACACCUAAACUUACUCACCUGGUCUUGAGUGGAAAUCAACUUCAUACCAUUGAUGGCAACAUGCUUGCUAACAUGCAAGGAUUGAAGGAGGUGUCUCUCUUUGACAACCCAUGGAAUUGUGACUGCAGUAUCAUCUCGCUGGUACAUUACAUAGAGCAGAAUGCUAAACAUUCUCCUCUGCAAAAACUUCGGUGUGUUAGUCCAGAGGAGGUUCGUGAUAGGCCAAUUCACCAGCUGAAAUCGGAUGACCUUCCCUGCAGGGCCUAAAAAAUCCUCACAUCUCAUAUAUUGUCACGAACGACCUCCAAAAGUUGGGAGCACAGCAUAAUAUCAGCGUGAUCUUUUCUGAAAUGGAAAGGUGAUACUUCACAUAACUCCAGACAUAAUGAAUAUGACAGGUUAAUGAUAGUGGUGCUGUUCUGCAGAUAAGCAUCAUUUUUACCCACCACUCGACUAUUUUCAGGCCACCUGGAGAGGCUCUCAACAGAAUAUUUUAUAAAACUAACGCUGGGUAAACACUGCACAAAUCUGGGCCUGAUUUUGCUAUCACUUGUGACAUGUUCACAAACUGCCAAUUUGUUUAUCUUUUGUGUUAAAAAUGUGAGACCCUCUCUGUGAAAUCCAGGCUAAAGUUUCAUAAUGUACCUAUGAGAUUA